AUGACCUCGGGCCUGGCAGACUGCAGUGCGUCGGCCCUAGGUCCUUUGACUCGUCCGGCGCGUUUCCCCCGGGGCACGCUGUAUUCCCACAACUUCGGUCUCGCCACCUGGAACUCGUCCGGCGUCCACACACUCGACGCUACGGUGCCGCUAGCCUGCAACGCGCUCCGCGGCAACACCGGGUCUGCUGUCAAGGUAGAGCCGUCAAGCGCGGGAUCGUCAAGCGCCGUUCUGCGGCCAGUGCCCGUAACAAGUCGGGCAUCACGCUCAAUGGCGUACGCGCGGCCCAGCGAUGACGAGGAACGGCAGGCAAGUGCGCCCGCAGGUACAACACAGUAG